AUGGCCUCAUUCCCUACAUACGGAACCACCGCGGGCUCAGGGUCUUCUGUAUCGAACAUUGCAUGCUGCUCGUGCCGGCGGAGAAAGGUCAAGUGUACGCGGGAAAUCCCUCAGUGCGGAAUUUGUCUGCAAACAAAUCAGGCCUGCGAAUAUCCCGCCAGUUCAACUCGGCCAGGCCCAAAAAUCGGAAGCACUCAGCAGGCGCGAAAGCGCAAACAUGGUUCGAUUGUUGAGGAGCAGCAGGAACAAGAGUCUGCGACGGACAGGAUGCAUGGUGGCCAGGCUACGCAGCCCGAACAGUCUGGACACGCUCAGGAGAAACAUGCCCAGCAACCAGCUCUCCGACUGACACCGCCAUCAGAACACCAGCAGACGCGCCUGCUACCACAACCACAACCGCAAACGUCGCAACAGCCGAAUUCCCCUUCAUCCGUGUUGCAUGCGCAAUCCCAUCAACCAGAGCUGCAGCCUCGUCGCACAUCAAUGCCAUCGCACAUGCUGCCUCUUCCUCAACCAUCGGGGAUGCCAUUGGCGGCCACACUCUAUCAAGCUUCAUCGCCGUCGACUUCAGUGUCAAGCGGAUUGUCUCGGCGUUCACACGAUAUCCAGUCGCUCUCGUUUAUCAUGCACCCCUCGCACGAACGACUGGCCGAGGAUUCAUUGACUGACCCCAAAGUCGUCGUGGAUGACAGCUUAAGCGGGCAAUCGACCCUCGAGUCCACCUGCCACGCGCUCGGUCUAGCGCAGGAUGAUUUGCAGACGCUGGUCGACGAAUUUUUCGACACCUUCCCAUCUUUCCAGCUCUUCCACCGCCCCACCUUUUGGGACAAGCUGCAACAGAUCAAGAGCAAAAACGAGCUUAACGCUCUUGUCGCCGCAAUCCUCAUCUUCGCCUUCCGAGAUCAGGACGCCGGCCACGACCCCUGUAUAGCGGCGGCAGCGGCCCUCAUCAACCUCGAUUCGACCAAGGACUUGUCCCAACACUUUGGAAAUUUGGCCGAGCAGUUUGUUGAACGAGCCAUGCUCGAGUAUAGCGAACAAGGAGUGCCAUUGUCGCUUCUGCAAGCCAUGAUUCUGAUCAACCAUUGGCAGCUGAUCAGGUCAGUUCGAGGAAAGUCGUGGCGAUAUUUGGGCGUUUGUAUUCGCUGCGCCUACGAAAUGAAUCUCCACGCGGUCGACAAAGGCGUAGAACCGCACGACAAGAUCGAGGACGUCGACCAAUGGCGUGACGAUGAAGAAAAGCGGCGGGCAUGGUGGGCAAUAUGGGAGAUGGACGUUUUUGCAAGCGUAGUGCGCCGCUGUCCCACGGGCAUUGACUGGUCUUGCAACGACACAUUUCUCCCGGCGCCCGACAAGAACUGGUUUUUGAACGAGCCACAAGAAAGCUGCUACCUGGACCUGGACAUCGUCCACCGAUGGAAGAAGUUGAGAUCAUCAGGGAACAAGUCGUACAAAGCGUGGUUCCUUGUGGUUGACAGCAUCGUCAAGGACGCGCAGAAUGUGACCCAAGGGGACGACAAUCAUCUUCACCCGAUCAAAGCUCUCGAGAAAUCCCGACAGGCCAAGUACUCCGACCCAACGCAGUUCCAACUGGACCAGAAUCGUCGAGUCCGAGAAGCGCGUGAAGGCUAUAACAAGGUCAGCACUCUUCACAACGUGCUGGAAUGCGUCGUCGAAAUGAUGCCUGCCGAGCUUCGAUACCGGAAUCAAUUUCUCAAUUUCUCUCCUCGGGAUUCCGAGUCCCCUGCCACGUCGACACGCCUACUACACCAAGAAAUUUACACCAUGCAUAUGGUGGUGCAGCUAGCCCGGCUAAUGAUCUACAAAUACUUUGUCUUUCGAGGUCAAAUGAGCUGGAUCCACCUCGAGACAGAACUCGCCAAAUUCAAGGAACAUGCCGAGAGCGGACUUGCACCGCAGAGACAAUUUGGUAGCACGGCACCUAACAAUGCCGCGAGACAGUGCUUUGUCCUGUAUCUCCAGGCAUCUCAGAGUGUUGUCAAUAUCAUCCAGCGGACUCCCAGGGACCACUACAAGUUUGUGAAUCCAUUUUUGGCCAACACAAUAUGGCUUGCGACUGCGGUUCAGAUUCUGAAGCGCGAAUUGUUACAAACCGACAACUCGGAAAAGCAAUUGACGGCAUCCAAUGCGGAGUUGCUCCGGAUGACAUACCUCCAGUUCGAAAGCUACUGGGGCAUAUCAAGCAUGCUGGAGAAGAACCUCUCUGCGCUAGAAGUCGAGCUGAAUAACACUCGGGACAGCGCGCGCAAGACGAGGUCCAUCGAAAGAGACGUGGAACUGUCACCACGGCCAUCUGUAGCACCAUUGUCAAACUUUGGAGGACAUAUCCCUUAUGAUGGUCCGCAUCAGUGGCGUGGGCCUGGCAUAGACGCCAGUCGACGUCGUCCCUCUCAAGCGCGGCCCGCUUCUUCCAAUCGUGAAAUCCCUUCACAGACGCUCACGCCCCCGAUAUCUGCUCGAGACAAUGCACCUGAUCAGGCGGGCACUGCGGCGUUGCACGAAUCUUCUCAUGAAGUCCACCACCGGAACAACAACAACGCCGCCACGAUCAUGACACAGCGCGUACACACCCCAUCUUCAGAGAAUGGUCGGUCCAUAUUGCGUGACCCGAGGCGUUCGGACCAGAACGCAGCCGGCCCGAUACCGAGCACAACCUUUGCACCAGACAGUCAGUCGGCCAGCUAUCAUGUCCAAGCCAGCAGAAGCCUUGAGCAAGAUCCGUUCCUGACCGGCAUACAAAAUGAUGCCAUGAUCUCGAAUUCGCCAGGUCUCUUCAAUUCGUUCAAUUCCUUCUUUUCCCUUUAUGACAGUGGCGCCACGUCCAUGGGAGGUGCCGGCGAAUUAUCUGGCACUCUGGACAGCAUGCUGUCUGGCACCUUUGUGUAA